AUGCCUCCACCGAACCCUCUCCCGCCCGCGGGCGACCUCAAGGCCACCUGGAAGUUCCUCCAGGUAGGUAUCGAAGUCAUGAUGCAACAGGUACUCGAAGGUAUGGAGUACAAGGACUACAUGAACCUCUACACUGCCGUCUACAACUACUGUAUCUCCUCUAGGAUGAACACCUCAGGCGGGGGCAGUCUGGGUAGCGGUGUCAAGGCAGGGGCAAAUCUGAUGGGAGCGGAGCUGUACGACCACCUCAAGGUGUACUUCAAGGAGCACUCCCUGCAGGCCGCCCAGCGUGCUGCUGAGCUCACUGACGAGGCUCUACUUCGGUACUAUGCAGCCGAAUGGACAAGAUAUACAAGAGGAGCCAACUUCGUACAUCACGUCUUCUCCUACCUCAAUCGAUAUUGGGUCAAGAGGGAAAAGGACGAAGGCCGGAGACACGUCUAUACAGUCUACACGAUUGCCCUCGUACAAUGGCGGGACCAUAUGUUCAAACAGAUCCAGUCGAAGGAGAGGCUAUCAGAUGCAGUACUGAAGCAGAUUCAGAAGCAGAGAAAUGGAGAGACAAUCGAUACAAGCCUGGUGAAGAGGGUCGUGGACAGCUUUGUUUCAUUGGGCCUGGACGAGAACGAUACCACACAGCAAAAUGUCGAGAUCUACAGGUACGAGUUCGAGACGUCCUUCAUUGCCUCGACGGAGGUCUACUACAAGACGGAAAGCGAUGCCUUUGUUGCUGCCAACUCUGUGACGGACUACAUGAGAAAGGCAGAAACUCGUCUGAAAGAGGAGGAGGAUAGGGUGGAGCUCUACCUCCACCCAAGCACACGGUCCAAGCUGAUCGCCAGAUGCGAUUCGGUCCUGAUCAGAGGUCAUUCACAAUUGUUGUGGGACGGAUUCGAGAAUUUGCUGGAGACGGACAAGGGGGACGACCUUUAUCGGAUGUACACACUUUUGUUCCGUAUCACGGAAGGACUCGAGCCGUUGCGCAAGAGGUUCGAGGAAUACGUCAAGAAGAAGGGAGCGGCUGCAGUCGAGAACAUCGUUGGAACUGAUGCAGAGGCAAUGGAGCCUGCUGCCUACGUCGAGGCUCUCCUCGCUGUCCACGCAAAGUAUCUGACCGUCGUCAACAAUUCCUUCAGGGGCGAAGCUGGCUUCCUUGCAUCCUUGGACAAGGCUUGCCGGGUGUACAUGAACAAGAACAAGGCGACGGGAGAAAGUACGAGCAAGUCGCCCGAGCUGCUUGCGAAGCAUACUGAUGGGCUGCUCAAGAAGAGCAACAAGAGCGCAGAGGAGGCCGGGCUGGAGGAGGCCCUGAACCAAGUAAUGGUUGUCUUCAAGUACAUCGAGGACAAGGACGUGUUCCAGAAGUUCUACUCCAAGAUGCUGGCUAAGAGACUGGUCAACUUUGCCUCUGCAUCCGACGAUGCGGAGGCCAGCAUGAUCUCGAAGCUGAAGGAGACUUGCGGUUUCGAAUACACGAACAAGCUGCAGCGAAUGUUCACGGAUGUGGGGUUGUCCAAGGAGCUCAACGACAACUACAAGGAGCAGGUGUCGAAGCAGUAUGACAAGUCGGAAGCCAACAUUGACUUCUACUCUUUAGUGCUAGCCAAUGGUUUCUGGCCUCUGACUGCGCCUGCUUCAGAGUUCUCAAUUCCUACUGAGCUCCUGCCGACAUACACACGCUUUGAGAGAUACUACGGCGCCAAGCAUUCUGGACGCAAGCUGACAUGGCUCUGGCAACUAGGCAGAGCAGAUCUAUCCACUACAUACUUGUCACAGAAGCACAUAUUCACCACCAGCAUCUAUCAGACGGCAGUCCUGCUGCAGUAUAAUUCUGCCGACUCUCUCUCCUAUACCGAGCUGCAGACUUCCACCAGACUGAACGAUGCCUCGCUCAAGGGAGCUCUAGGCGCCCUCGUCAAGACAAAGGUCCUGAACAAGGUCGAGGGAGACGCUGGUGGUGAUGGAGCGGACAAGUACGAGAUCAACGACAAGGCCAAGUUCAAGAAGUUGAGGGUGAAUUUGAACAUGCCUGUCAAGAGCGAGCAAAAGGCCGAGACGAGCGAUGUGAUGAAGACGGUGGACGAGGACAGGAAGCUAUUGCUGCAAGCUACCAUUGUCAGGAUCAUGAAAGCCCGCAAGACGCUCAAGCACGCUCAGCUCAUCCAGGAGUGCGUCUCACAAGUCUCAUCGCGGUUUCAACCUUCGGUGCCGACGAUCAAGAAGGCCAUUGAGGCACUCAUUGAAAAGGAGUACCUUGAGAGAGUCGAGGGAGCUAGGGACGUGCUCCAGUAUCUUGCUUAG